UACUUAUGCUAUAGCUGCAGAACUUAUUGUUACGGCGGACGAUAAUGUCGAGUACAUUCUAGAAUGUGUAAAAGAAAAUACUCUCGAACUUUUCCGAAUAUGCUAGAGCCUAGCUCUCUGAAUAUAUAAGGGCCCGGUAUCACCCGCCAGAGUUAGUUCGAUUUGAAAAGCGAUUGCGAAAGGAACUGAAAGAAGUUAUCUGUGAGCAUUUAUUUUGAAGUAUCACGUGUCAGUAUUUUUAAUAGUGUGUUUAAUUAAUUCUCGAUUUUGAAGCCGAGAAGAAAAAAGUCGUCUGUGAGCCUUUAUUGUGAAAUAUCAAAUAAUACAAUGCCUAGACGUAAAAAAGGAGGAGAUCUUGCCAGUUCUGCAGCGAAACGGCGGAAACAAAAAGAACAUAGAAGAAAUGAAACGGAAGAAGAGCGCGAAGCACGUUUACAAAAUCAACGAACUAGGAUGAGAACUCUGAGAAGCACAAAAAAUGAAGAAAGAAAAGAGAACGAAAGUAUAGAAGAAUCGAGAAUUUUAAAAGAUAAUUUAACAAAGGAAGCAUUCCACUACGAACCGACGAAAAAAUAUUACAAUCAUAAACAUGUUGUGAUCGGAAAAAUGGAUAACAUUUGCCAAUUUUGCCACGCGAAAAAAUUCAGUAAAGAAACAGCAGGUCUCUGUUGCAUGAAUGGAAAAAUUCGACUACCACCACUGGAAGCACCUCCACAGGAAUUUCUACAUUACAUGACCGGGGAAACACAAGAAUCAAAACACUUUCUUCAAAAUAUAAGAUUAACCUCAAAGAACCCUGCUUCUCUCACGGUCAGCUAUAUGUAGCUUGCUCAAGGGUAGGAAAUCCGAAAAAUCUAUAUAUAUAUAUAUAUAUAUAUAUAUAUAUAUAUAUAUAUAUAUAUAUAUAUAUAUAUAUAUAUACUCCAGACAAUAAAAUGAAAAACGUUGUUUAUAAGCAAAUAGUGUGAGCGAAUGUUUUCAAUAAAUUUUUUUACUAUUACGUCAUAGUUUAUUUUUUUAUUGCAACUACCGCGUAAUCUCAUAUCAACUCCCGGGCGAAGCCGGGUAUUAUAGCUAGUA